CUGCCCGGGGCUAUAAAGACGGAGGGUUUUCUCAAUGAAGGUGGAGACGACGCUCUGCGGGGGGCCAGUCCAGCGGGGAGCCGGUCACAGAGUCCCUGAGUCCUCACUGCCGCCUCUGAGGCCAUGAAAUACAUCGUGGGAAUUGGAGGCGUGACCAAUGGCGGUAAGACGACGCUGACCAGCGGCCUCCUCAGAUCGCUCCCCAACUGCUGUGUGGUCCACCAGGACGACUUCUUCAAGCCCCAGGACCAAAUAGCAGUCGGGAAGGACGGCUUCAAACAGUGGGACGUGCUGGAGUCCCUGGACAUGGAGGCCAUGCUGAGCACCGUCAGGGCCUGGCUCGACAACCCCCCCAAGUUCGCCCGCGCCCACGGGGUCCCGGUGCAGCCCGGCCUCCCUGACACCCACAUCCUGGUCCUCGAAGGCUUCCUGCUCUACAGCUACAAGCCCCUGCUGGACCUGUACAGCCGUCGCUACUUCCUGACGGUGCCCUACGAGGAGUGCAAGCGGAGGAGGAGCACCCGGAGCUAUGAGGUGCCCGACCCCCCCGGCCUCUUCGACGGCCACGUGUGGCCCAUGUACCUGAAAUACCAGCGGGAGAUGGAGGAGGGCGGCGUGGACGUGGUCUAUCUGGACGGCACGCGGCCCCGCGCAGAGCUCCUGCACCAGGUCCUGGAGGAUUUGCACAACUCGCUGCUCAACUGCUCCUAGGAGGGGCGGGGCCUGGCCGGACGGGGCGGGGCCUGGCCGGAGAAAGACUGCGCGUGGGCGGGGCCGGGUGAGGGGCGUGGUCUGUGUGGGCGUGGCUAUGUUGCAGACCCCGCCCCGGGCCACCCGGACCCCCACCCUCUGCGACACCCACAAUCCCAGCCCCAUAAGGACCAGACCCGCAGCACCCCACCCCGGCCCAGCCGGAGCCUGACCCGUUCUGGACAAGGAGAGCGGACCCCCGCCCCCCACCCCCCGUUCCCCCCAGAGCCUCAGGGCUCCAGACCCAGCCCCUCCCCAUCCUCCUCAAGGUCUUUGUCUGCCACCCCCAGCAACUUUGGUAUUAAACCCGACAGUUUUUGUAACUUUG